CAGACAAACAGAAUCCGGAGUGCCUGUGUAAACACAGGGGUAUAAAAAAUGAGUCUUCUUGGCAGACGUGGCAUGUCCUCUGAGCCGACGGGUCCCCAGAGCCCGCAAGUGACCAUGGAGGCCAGAACAUUCUGGCUGCUGGUGAUGGUCCUGCCCUUGGUGUCCUCCAGCUCGACUGGGCAGUACGUGGGUCUGUCGCCGAACCAGUGCGUGGUCCCAGCCAAGGACAGGGUGGACUGCGCCUACCCCGACGUCACCGCCGAGCAGUGCACCAACCGGGGCUGCUGCUUCGACUCCAGCAUCCCCGGGGUGCCCUGGUGCUUCAAGCCCCUGCAGGAAGCAGAAUGCACCUUCUGAAGCCGUGCUGCUGCCCGACAGCUUGGGAGGGGACUCUGCCUGGCGCUGGUACCUCUCCUUUUCUAUCACCUGCUCCCGGCAAGCACUGCCCCUAAUGUGUGAGGCCUGAUGUUUAAAGAAUAAAGCUCCCGUGCUCAGCAUGAGUUCACGUCUUCAUUCCUGAGACUUUCCGCUGCUGUGUUUUAUUUCUACCGAGUCACACUCUCCCUUCUCAGCAUUUCACAGACGGGAGCGGCGGAGGGUGUCUUAGCAUCUCCCAGCAGAGGGUCUCCCCCAGGCCUGGGGAG